AUUUCAAAUAAUAUUAGAAGUGAUUUUUAAACAUUAAUUUAUGAUUUCUUUUUAAAUAAUAGGAUGUCCUUAUAUGGUGUACAUAUAAAAUUCCCCAAAUUAAUAUUGUAAAAUAAUAUUUAAGUUAUUAUUAUUAAUGUGUAGUUAAUAGUUAUCUUGUUUGAUUUGGCAUUAUAUUGUACCUAAGGAAUAUAUUCACUUAAUUAUGCAUAGCCGGCGAGGAACUAAGAAAACAUCUCAACUUUUGUGUUUAACAUACACAGUUUAAUGUCUUAAUUAAUUUGACUUAGACUAGACUACUUCAAUAGAUAUAUCUUAAUCUCCAUAUUAUGUCUCUCAUGUUCUUUCUAUAAAACCCAGCUCGUUUUGCUUCUCAAAUCCCAACUCAAAAACUUAAACAAUUUAGAUCUACAUAGUUCGUUCUCUACUCUCUAUUAAGUACUUAUAAGGUAAAAAGACUAAUUAGUGCAUUAAUGGGCUGUCGAGUGUUGCUAUUAUUGGUGGCAUUAUUUGCCAUCGUUUCUUCCAUUGCCUUGGCAUCUGACCCUAGUUCUCUUCAGGAUUUCUGUGUUGCAACCUCCAACUCUCCAGUUCUAGUGAAUGGGUUUGUAUGUAAGGAUCCAAAGAUGGUGGGAGUCCAAGACUUCUUCUUUAGUGGGCUGGAAAAACCCGGAAACACAUCAAACGCACUUGGCUCUAGAGUAACUCCAGUUGGUGUAACCCAAAUUCAAGGGCUCAACACACUGGGAAUAUCCCUAGCUAGAAUUGACUAUGCUCCACGGGGAAUCAACCCACCACACACACAUCCAAGGGGUAGUGAGAUUUUGACUGUUAUUGAAGGAAGCUUAGAAGUGGGCUUUGUCACAUCCAACCCUGACAACCGUCUUAUUACAAAAAUUCUUCACAAGGGUGAUGUGUUUGUGUUUCCAGUUGGGCUCAUUCAUUACCAGAGAAAUGUUGCUUAUGGCAAUACAAUAGCCAUUGCUGCUUUGAGUAGCCAAAAUGCAGGGGUUAUUACCAUUGCCAAUGCUGUGUUUGGAUCCAAGCCUGACAUCCCAGUUGAUAUUCUCGCCAAAGCUUUUCAAUUAGACAAGACUGUGGUUGGGAAUCUUCAAUCUAAGUUUUAAAUAGAACAUGUACGUCACUUUUAGAUUAUAUUUUAAGAGUGUUUGAAAUCAGUACUUAGAAAAAUGAUUGUCUGCAUCAGUUUGAGGUUUAAGAGCUUUGAGAUGUGUGUGUGUGUUUUUUUUUUUUUACUUAGUUUGGCAUUACCAAUAUGGUUGUGUUUCCUUGCUAAUUCAUUAAAUUAUUUGGUUUAUUUCAUUUGAAAGAUAUGGUGAACUUUAAGUUGUUUCUCUAU